GACACGGGGAGAGGGAAAGUCCAGACACACAGCGGACUGGAGUAGCGAUCACAGCGGACGUUCACUGACGGAGUCUCCUCCUGAACCGAAGUAGGUAUAACUGUCCCCCAGCGAUCACGCCGGCGGGUAAAGAGUAAAGUCACCCGGCAACAAGUGAGCUCACACACAUCUUGAACCUUAUUGGAUAACGUGCAGCAAUCCAUCCAAGUACUUGACACGGGGAGAGGGAAAGUCCAGACACACAGCGGGCUGGAGUAGCGAUCACAGCGGACGUUCACUGACGGAGUCUCCUCCUGAACCGAAGUAGAGAGACGAUGGCUUCGUCUUCACAAUCUGUAUACUUCAGUCAGCGAGAAAUCAAUAAACUGCAAUCUAGUUAUGAGCAGGGUGGGCUGAGCAUGUUUGCGACUAAGAUUGUGAAGAAAUUGAACGAUAUAGAAAAUGCAGAGCUUAACAUCGCUGUGACAGGAGAAGCAGGUGCAGGGAAAUCCACCUUCAUCAACGCCAUGAGGGGGCUGCGGGGCUGCGAUGAGGGUGCAGCUAAAUCUGGAGUCAAUGAAACCACAAUGGAGCGAACUCCAUACAAACAUCCCAACUUCCCUAAUGUUUGCUUCUGGGACCUGCCGGGAGCUGGAACAGCAAAGUUUCCAAUGAAGGAUUACGUGAGCAAAAUGGAAUUUAAUACAUACGAUUUUUUCAUAAUAAUCUCACAGAGUCGAUUCACCGAAAACGAUGCAAAUGUCGCCAAGGUGAUUCAAAACUUGGGGAAGAAGUUCUACUUCGUACGAAGUAAAAUUGACAACGACAUCCGUUCUUUAGAAAUGGAGGGUAAAGUUUUUGACACAAAAAUGGUACUUACUGAGAUGAAGCAAAAAUUAAGUUGCUAUUUGAUGGAAGCGGGGAUUUCAGAACCCAUUAUUUUCCUGAUAUCAUGCCUUCCCCCCGAAAAGAUUAAUUUAGAUAAUUUAGAGCAAACGCUUCUAAAUAAUCUCAAUGGAAUAAAAAAAGAUGCUUUAUUGAUGUCACUUUCAAGCACAACAGUGAAGAUUGUGGAGCAGAAACGAGCCCAGUUGAAGGAACGUAUCUGGAUGUUGGCAAUAGCCUCAGGAGUUGUGGGAGCGCUGCCUGUUCCCGGAUUGUCUGUCGCCGUUGACCUCGGGAUACUAGUGGCUGCAAUAAUAGGUUUCCGCAAAAGUCUCGGCCUGGAUGAUGCCUCCAUUCAGAGACUGGCCAAUGUUGCAAAGACACCUGUGGAAUUUCUGAAAGCAGUAGUGACAACCCCACUGGUGGGUGAAAUAAACGAGGAGUUUGUGGCACUAAUGUUGUUGCGUACCGGUUUUGUUGCUGUUUCAGUGGUGGAAUUGGCCCUUGACUUUAUACCAGUCAUUGGCUCCAUCUUCGGGGCAGUAUCGUCAUUUGGAAUGACUUACAAGCUGCUGAACAACGCACUGGAUGACCUUGUGGAGAAUGCCCAGAGAGUGGUGAAAGCUGCAUUUCCCACUGAUCCUAGUCAUCCGCAAUAAAGAAUCCGUUACUGAGUUGCUGCAAGUCAUCGCGGAUGCGCGAAUGGAAAAUAAAUAUCAUCUUUCACAUCUUCAUUAGGUUCCAAAUUAUUUCACAGCUGAUGAAUUAUUUUAAAAGCUGUUGUCACUGCUGUAAUCUUCACAACCAAUUCACUGCAAACACCUUAAGCGCACCAACCCGCCGGGGAACAGAAGAUAACUCUCCCGGGGAGACUCAGUGUGACGUUGCCACCGCGUUCAACAAGCUCUCACCAAUGAAACCAUAUCAACAUCUAGUCAAACCUCCAAGGGUCUCGAAUGUUUCAAAAAGACGACAUCUUCUUCCAGUCU